AUGUCUCUCCAAGCAGAUGCCAACGGUGAAACAAAUCAAAUGUCCACAGGGUUUCAAACAAGCUUUGCCCCAGUGGCCUUUAGGGAUACAAAUCUUUUCAAACCCAUCAAAGUGGGCUCCAUGGAAUUGGCCCAUCGUGUGGUGAUGGCUCCACUGACUAGGUGGAGGGCGCUUCACCCUAGCCACGUACCGAACGAGAAGUUGGUUCCGUUGUACUACGACCAGAGGUCCAAGGCUCCAGGCACUUUGAUUAUCACCGAGUCAGCGUUCACAUCCCUACAAGCCGGAGGGUAUGACUACGCUCCAGGUAUCUGGUCAGAGGAGCAGGUUGCCGUUUGGACAAAGAUAUUUGCCAAGAUACACGGAAACAAGUCGUUUGUGUUCGUACAAUUGAGGAAUCUCGGAAGACAGGCCGUCCCGACUUCUAUGGCGAGAGAUGGGCUUCGUUACGACUCUGCCUCUGAUGAUUUGUACAUAGACGAAGCGACCAAGGAAGCAGUAUUGAAAGCCGGUCUCAAACAGCAUGGUAUCACCAAAAGUGAGAUCAAGCAGUACAUCGCGGAGUACGUCCACACUGCCAAAAACUCUAUCAAGGCCGGUGCUGACGGUGUUGAAAUCCACAGCGCCAACAGUUAUAUGUUGAACCAAUUCUUGGACCCACGUUCUAACCAUAGGACUGACGAGUAUGGUGGAUCUAUUGAAAACAGAUCCCGGUUUACUUUAGAGGUCGUAGAUGCCUUGAUUGAUGCCGUCGGUGCCGAAAGAGUGGGGAUCAGAUUUUCACCCUUUGGGAAGUACGGUGGUAUGUCGGGUAGCGACGAUCCUCAGGUAUACGAACUCUACUCUUACCUGCUGGACCAAUUGGAAUCGAGAGCACAAUUUGGUAACAGAUUAGCAUACGUGCACCUCAUGGAACCCCGUGUCGCGAAUAUUUCCCUGGAGGAAGGCCAAGGUGAAGAUCUGGAACAUUCGAAUGACUUUGCGUACGACCACUGGAAGGGUCCCAUUAUCAGAUCUGGUAACUUCGCCGCCAGCCCAGACAUUACCGAGAGUGUCCUUGACGAUAGAACCUUGAUCGCCUACGGGAGAUACUUCAUCUCGACACCAGAUCUGCCCCACAGACUGGCCGAGGGGUUGCCCUUGAACAAGUACAAUAGGACCACAUUUUACAAGCUAGGAGCUGUCGGUUACACCGAUUAUCCAACGUAUGAAGAGACGUUGAAGUUGGGGUGGAAAAUCUGA